AUGGUACGCGGACGUUCGAUUGCAGGCCUCUUUACUACGUCCAUCAUCACGAUAACUGGCAUUUGUGCACAAGAAAACAAUGAUACCAUCACUGCCAAGUUCCAGAGUGUUAAAACCACUCCGGUUGCCGACGCUUCCAAAGUUCCCCGAGUCGCGUGGAAUGUUCUGAAUGGGAUAGUCGGUGGAAGGUUAUACACCAAUGGGGCUCCGUUCUCCAAACCAUGCUUUGGGAAUGGGACUUCAACGGGCUCUUGCUCGACCGUCCAGACCAACUAUACAAGUAAUGUGUUUCGUGCCGACCAAUUUGGCGCAUACAUGAUGACUCAGUGGGAAGGCUGUCAAAAGACGCAGGCGUAUUGUGAACUAGAUUGGACCAAUCCUACGAAUUCCGAGGCUUUCACACCACCAGCCACUUGUGCACAAGGUAGCGUCAACAGCUAUUACAUCGAUGUCAAGAAUGCAGUGGAUGUGAUUGCGGCAUUCGUGUUUUCCCGCGUAACCUCAGUUCCCUUGGCCAUCAAGAAUUCCGGUCAUGACUACAAGGGCCGUUCCAGCGUACCCAACGCAUUAACACUUUGGACUCACAACCUCAAAUAUAUUAAAUAUGAGGCAAAAUUCCGACCCGACACUUGUUCUUCAAUUGCUGCUACCCCCGCAAUCACGUAUGGCGCAGGACAGGACUUUGCAUCGAUCUAUGAGUUUGCUGAAGCCAACGGUAUCACCGUGCUCGGUGGCACAGAUAAAACAGUUGGUGCUGCUGGAGGAUGGCUCCAGGGCGGAGGACACGGUAUGCUGUCCAAUACUCUUGGGCUUGGCGCCGACCGAGCACUUCAGUUCAAGGUUGUCACACCCGACGGUAUCCUACGCACCGCCAACAAAUGUCAAAACGCGGACCUAUUCUGGGCGCUCCGAGGGGGAGGCGGCGGCACAUUUGGGGUUGUACUCGAGGUAACAAGUCGCGUAGAGAAAAAAAUAGCGACGCAGGUCAUAAUCGUCAAGUUCAAUCCCUUGGCAACACAUGUAGCUGCCUAUAUGCAAACAAUUAUCAAAAACUCUGUUAAGUGGGCGCAGGACGGGUGGGGAGGUUAUGUUAGUGCAGACCAUGCAAUCUACGCAACUCCUAAACUGAGCCGCGCAGAGGCCGAGGCGUCGAUGGCACCUCUCACUCAGGUUGUUGCUUCAUUCGGCUCCGACGUGAUUGCGAACACGUUUGCUUCUUAUGAAUCUUUCCUCCCUCUUUUCACAACUGUUGCUAAUGCUGGUGCCGCCCCCGUCGGUCUACCGUUUGCCAUGGCCAGUAGGAUCGUUCCUUCUACGAACUUCCUCACCCCCAAGGAUCGUUCUUCUCUCCUCAACGCAACACUUUCUGCAUUCAGCAUAGUAGGUGGCACAGCCCAAAUCAUGGUCACUACUCCAUACAACUACAAUGCCACCCCGGCCUCUGAUGUGUCUGUUACUCCCGCCUGGCGUGGUGCCAUUUGGCACGUGAUACUUGCUGGGUCCUGGAACUACAACUCGACUGCCAAACAACAAGCUGCAGUGUAUAGCACGAUCAGUGCUGCGGCCGAUAAAUUGAGAGCAAUUACUCCCAAGUCCGGUGCGUACCAGAACGAAGCUGAUGUGAGCGAGCCUGACCACGAAAACUCGUUCUGGGGUUCGAACUAUGGCCGACUAGUCUCAAUCAAGAAGAAGUAUGAUCCCAAUGGGUUAUUGGACUGCUGGCAAUGUGUAAACUGGAAAGGCGCAAGCAACAGGCGGUAUCGCUGCUACCCCCAGUCCGGCUAA